CUCAAAUACGCCUUUUGUUCUCGGAUCAACUAGUGACACUGUUAUGUGGUGAGAAGGAAACAAGGAAAUGCUCAUCUAACAACAUGACCACUAAACGCUUUGUUGGUUGGUCAACUUAACAAAAAUGGCGUCUUUUUCAGAUCCCUCACUGUUGGAGAGGAAAACAGGCGUGGUUAACGUUUAACGUUCUAUGAUCAACAUGGGAAGAUUUUAUGUCAGCAAUUGAGCAUAUGUCAUCUGUCACAGAUUUUUACAAACAAAAUAAAUACGCAUUUUUUCACAUUCUCGAUAUUUGGACAAUAUUUGAUUUUCCAUAGCUGUCUGUGACCCAUUGAGCUUUGCAAAUUAUCUCAACGACUACAUCUUCAAUUUUCAGUGUGCUUCUCAUACUGACAGUUGAUAACUAAACGGCCUUCUCCAUUUUUGUAUCGAAGGUUUUGUUUGAAAGGUGCAUAUUACAGCUACAAUCCACUGAAAAAAAGACAUACAAGAAGGCACACAUUGGAUACGCAGUGGACAAAAUCAGGUGCUCAAAAGAAAGGAAAACAGAAAAGGAAACAAAGAUGUCCAGGUGACAACAAAGGAAAGAAAGAGAAAUCAAUAAUGCCGAAAAAACCUAUGAUAGCAAAGAUAUGCCCCUCUUGCAAACAACAGGUUCCUGUGGCUUGUAAGUCAUGUCCAUGUGGCCACUUUUUCUACAAUGCAAGACGAAUUGCAAGGGAAUUUGCAUUAGAAGCUGAUUUCAGGAGAAGGACGGCUAGAGUCAGGCGAGAAAAACCCAACUAUUAUGAUGCUUUAGAAUAUGAUAAGCACAUCAAAAAAGUAAGAGCGUUGAAAAAGCGCGUGAGUGAAUGCGAAGUCGAUGAUGAGGAGGAUGAAAAAAGAGGCAGUGGUAAAAACAAGAAAAAGAAGGCGAAAAAGAGAACGGAAGAAGAGGAAGAAGAAGAGGAUGUCAUGUCCAGGUAUACCGCCGAAAUGCAAGUCCAUUGUCAAAUGGUGUUAGAUCAAUUAAAUGCAAAGAUGCAGCUAGUUACAUGGAAGCCAACAUAACCAUUUUAUGUCCUGUAUAUGUGUGCGUGUGUGUGUAUUUUUUAAUUUUGCUUGACUCUGUAAAUAAGUACAUUUUGUUUAAUACAUGUGAAUAAUAGGAAUCAUUGUGUUUCAUUACAGUUUCCCAUAUUAUGUCUCCAAGAAAUUGCAUGU